ACCAGCGCCUCUCCCCCGCGACCCCGCGGCCGCCGCCCGCGAUGGUGGCCCGCUCGCCCGCUCGGCACGGCGGCGGCGGAGGGCUGCUGUGGCCGCGGCCGGCCGCCUGGCUGUGCGUGGCGGCGGCGCUGGGCGCCGUGUGUCCGCCGCGGGGCUCGCUGGUGCAGGGCCGGCGGCUGAUCUGCUGGCAGGCGGUGCUGCAGUGUCAGGGGGAGCCCGAGUGCAGCUACGCCUACAACCAGUACGCCGAGGCGUGCGCCCCGGUGCUCCUGCAGCAGCCGCCGGCUGCCGGUGGCGGCGGCGGCGGGGACGGCGCGGCGGGCGCCGCGGGCUCGGCCGCCUCCCGGCGGCGGUGCCCCAGCCACUGCAUCGCGGCCCUCAUCCAGCUCAACCACACCCGGCGCGGCCCGGCGCUGGAGGACUGCGACUGCGCGCAGGACGAGAACUGCCGCGCCACCAAGCGAGCCAUCGAGCCCUGCCUGCCCCGCACCAGCAGCGGGGCCGGCGGCGCGGGGGGCGGCGGAGGCGGCCCCGGGGGAGGCCCCGGGCCCGGCCCCGGCGGCGGCGUGAUGGGCUGCACGGAGGCGCGGCGGCGCUGCGACUGGGACAGCCGGUGCAGCCAGGCGCUGAACCGCUACAUGACCUACUGCGGGAAGCUGUUCAACGGGCUGCGCUGCACGGCCGAGUGCCGCGCCGUCAUCGAGGACAUGCUGGCCGUGCCCAAGGCCGUGCUGCUCAACGACUGCGUCUGCGACGGGCUGGAGCGGCCCAUCUGCGAGUCGGUCAAGGAGAACAUGGCCCGCCUCUGCUUCGGCGCCGACACGGGCAGCAACGGCGCCGGCAGCAGCGGCGGCUCGGACGGCGGCCUGGAGGAGUACUACGACGAGGACUACGAGGAGGAGCCGAGCCAGAAGGGGAGGGACGAGGCGGAGGACAAUGCGGGCGCCGAGCCCGGCUUCCCCAUGCAGGCGGACAGCGCCGGGCGGGCCGCCGCCGCCUGGGCCCUGCUGGCCUCCAUCUUGCUGCGGCUGCUGGCCGGCCUCUAGCCGGGACCGCUCCCCGAGACGAGCCGAGACGAGCCGAGUCCCCUUCCCUUCCCUUCCCUUCCCUUCCCUUCCCUUCCCUUCCCUUCCCUUCCCUUCC